CACAACUCUAAUAAGGUUGGCAACAAUGCUCUAGAUUGGCAAAUUCUAAACUCGCGUAUGUUGUAUUGAUUUGUGUGUUCGUGUGUUCUUGGGCCUCAGAGAUUACAACUUGUACCUAUUGUCUAGUGCCACUGCCAGACAGCAGCGAGCGUAAUGAGCAAUUACCGAGGUAUCGGGGGCGGCGGCUUUCCAUACAAAAAGCAACCGAGCGGUGGCAACAACAUGAGCGCUGUGCCGCCGCCGCCGGCUUUAAGCAGCAAUCGAGGCGGAGGAUUUGGCUUCAGCAUCGGCCGUGGACGAGGCCGGGGCUUCCAGGCUGCUACAACAGCAACUGGCCCAACAGCAGCCAGCAGCGGCAGCACCUCGAAGCAUGGCUAUUCCACGCUGGAGUCCAUCAGUCAAUACACAAACUCCACGAAUUUUGUGGGCAAACGCAAGCAACACAUGGACGACGAUUACUUCGACGACGACGAUGAGCCAGCCACGCAGCAACAGCAGCCGGAGCAGGCUUAUAUACCAGCACCCGGCUCACCAGGUGCCUCGCCAGGUGGCAACAAUAACAAAGCGGACUCCGAUUCAGAUGAGGAUCCGUUGGAACAGUUUAUGGCCGGCAUCAAUAAGCAAGUGGAAAAAGAGAAGGUGCGGGCGGCCGCCAGUGCGUCAGACACACAGCUGAAGGCGUCGUCGGCAGCGGCGCUGGAGAAGAAGGGCGUGCGUGGCGACAUCGAUGACGAGGACGAUGAGGAGAGCUACUAUCGCUACAUGGAGGAGAACCCAAAUGCGGGACUGCGCGACGAGGGAUCCGAUCAGGAGAUCGACUACGAUGAGGAUGGCAAUCCGAUAGCACCGCCCAAGAAAAAGGAUAUCGAUCCGUUGCCUCCCAUUUAUCACUCCGAGAUCGAGUACGAACCCUUCGAGCGCAACUUCUAUACGCCGCACGAGGACAUUGCCCAGCUGGACGAGGAGCAGGUACGCGAACUCCGUCGCACGCUGGGCGUCAAAGUGAGCGGCGCUGCGCCUCCGCAUCCGGUCAGCUCCUUUGGCCACUUUGGUUUCGAUGAGCCGCUGCUGAAGUCAGUGCGCAAGGCGGAAUACACGCAGCCCACACCCAUUCAGGCGCAAGCGGUGCCAGCGGCGCUGUCGGGACGCGACAUCAUUGGCAUUGCCAAAACGGGAUCGGGCAAGACGGCUGCAUUCAUUUGGCCACUGCUGACGCAUCUAAUGGAUCAGCGGGAACUGCGUACGGGUGAUGGACCCAUUGGUUUGAUCCUAGCGCCAACGCGGGAACUCUCGCUGCAGAUCUACAACGAGGCCAAGAAGUUCGGCAAGGUGUACAACAUCAAUGUGGUCUGCUGCUAUGGCGGUGGGUCCAAAUGGGAGCAGAGCAAGGCACUGGAGCAGGGCUGUGAGAUUGUCGUUGCGACGCCGGGACGCAUGAUCGAUAUGGUCAAGAUGAAGGCCACCAAUUUGCGGCGAGUCACAUUUCUGGUGCUCGACGAAGCCGAUCGCAUGUUUCACAUGGGCUUCGAACCUCAAGUGCGCUCCAUUUGCAAUCAUGUGCGUCCCGAUCGCCAGACGCUGCUCUUCUCCGCCACGUUUAAGAAACGCAUCGAACGUCUCGCUAGGGAUAUAUUGACCGAUCCGGUGCGCAUCGUGCAGGGCGAUUUGAAUGAGGCGAAUCAGGAUAUUACACAGCAUGUGUAUGUGUUUCCCAAUCCGCUGCAGAAAUGGAACUGGCUGCUCUGCCAUCUCGUCAAGUUCCUCUCCGAGGGUGCGGUUCUUGUGUUUGUCACGAAGAAAGCUGAUGCUGAGACGGUGGCCAACAAUCUGCUCGUCAAGGAGUACAAUUGUCUGCUGUUGCAUGGCGACAUGGAUCAAGCGGAUCGUAACAAGGUCAUUAUGCAGUUCAAGCGCAAGGAAUGCGACAUCCUGGUGGCCACAGAUGUGGCAGCUCGUGGUCUGGACAUUCCGCACAUACGCAACGUGGUCAACUAUGAUAUUGCACGGGACAUUGAUACGCACACGCAUCGCAUUGGACGCACGGGACGCGCUGGGGAGAAGGGCAAUGCGUAUACGCUGGUGACGGACAAGGAUAAGGAAUUUGCGGGACAUUUGGUGCGCAAUCUGGAGGGUGCCGAUCAGGAGGUGCCCGACGAUCUCAUGGAGCUGGCCAUGAAGAGCUCCUGGUUUCGCAGCUCCCGCUUCAAGCAGAGCAAGGCACGCAAGCCGGCAAAUAAUUUCAUGGGAUUGGGCUACCGUGAGCGGCCUGGAAGCGGAGGAAGUGGAAGUGGCAGCGGAGGCUCUGGCGGAUCUAUUGGCAAGAGCAAGGGACCAGCGCCGGAGCCAAGCAGCAAAUCGCUGUCGGGCGCCGGACCCGCAACCGAUCGCUAUUCAGCGAUGCGUCAAGCUUUCCGGUCGCAGUACAAUUCACAGUUUCGUGCCUCCAGCGAUCGCACCUGGGAGCAAACGGUGCCAGAGACGGGUGUCUUUGCAGCGCCACCUCCGCCACCACCACCAGCAGCAGCGCCCGCAGCAACAGGAACGGGAGCUUCAAGUCAGGACCCGAAGCGUGCCAAGAAAAGUCGCUGGAACUGAGGGAGAGAAGAAGAGGAGAAGCAUACAAACGAGAGGAAUCAAUCCCAAUCCCACAACCAGUCCAAGCUCAUCUUUCAUUUCAAUAUUAUUUAAUGUGUAUUUGCUUUUAUUUCACCAUUUAAAAGUACUACCUAACGACUAGCAUUAAUAUAUAAAAUUAUAUAUUUAUCCAUUGUAUACUACUGUCAGCAAAAAGUCUCGAUACUCUGGCUAUAACUCAAAA